UUUUUAUUUAGGUAUAUUUCACUAGAACUACCCCUACAGAAAACGUCACAGACCCCACGAACAAAUCUUUUUCGUACGCCUCUGAACAUACAAUUGUUUUUUGUUUAUUUGUGAACUGGGAUUGCACUGUUGCCGUGAAAUAUUGGCCAAAAUUAAAGUGUGCGUUCACUGGCUUUUGGAUAAUCUGUCAACCAACUGAAAUCCCCAAAUGGUGCAUUGAUUGACCCUUUGACAUGUCGGACAAUAAGCGCCGACGGUUCCGAAAACCCAAGCAACCAGAUGACAAGCGCCCUAUAAUUCUAGCAAAACGCAAUGUUGAAGAGGAUUCUUCUGCUCGACGUAAUGUGGAUGUCGACGUGCAGCCCAAAAUAUUACUCAAGCCACGCGUUGACAAUAAAGACGAUACAGAAGUAGCCGAAGCAUCUGCAAGUGCUGCACCACUGAAGACCAUAAUUGUUACUCGUAGCGAAGUGGCACACAGCCCAGGGUUAAGUGGUGUCAGCCCAGUUACUACGAAAGAGCAACUACAACAGCACACCCCUCAAACCAAUGCUAAUGCGAAUGAUACAAAUACUACAACAGGGCAGAUACUCGAGCCAUUACCGCAAAUGACACGUCCUGCCACUGUUAUAUCUUCGACCGGUGUAAUAAACGCAAGUACGCGCAAGUUGCUUGUGAAAGGAAAUACCGAUUUUCUGGUAGUAGGUGUGAUUGGCACACAGGGAGUUGGUAAAUCAACAGUUCUUAAUUUGCUAGCUAGUGAUGAUGUAAAUUAUGAUUAUUACACGAAGCUUUUCUCUGAGGAAGAUGGCUUCUUUCCAACCAAAUUAAAGCCCCACAAAUGUUCGGCUCGUUCGCGAACCGAGUCUACACAUAUGUACAUCACUUCUGAUCGGCUGAUAUUGCUUGAUAGUCCGCCGGUGAUGUGCAACUCCUAUCGUAAAGACAUGACCACCAACGAGCUGGAUGAUCUGAGACAAAUUAUAAGUUUCCUAACCAUCUGCCAUUUAUUGAUUGUUGUACAGGAUGACUACUUUAAUAUGAACUUUGUACGUUUACUGCAAUUUGCCGAGCUUAUGAAGCCAACACAUGACAAUAAGCCUUUCGUUAGUGACUACUUUCCCAAUGUGCUGUUCGUAAAGAAUCGCGCUAAGCGGCAGGAUUUCGUGCCAAGCCAAAAAGAGCGCAUGAAUCGUAUGCUGCGUGCGCUUUUUAAGGAUUCCCAGCUGCGUAUAUAUGUAGGACAAACUGCCGAGCAGCAAAAACAAAAGAAAACGCGCACAUCAGAAGCUGAGCGGCAAGUAAAUACUUUCUUGCUGCCGGAAGUUGAUGGAAAUCAUGAUAUUUCCACUUUUCACAAACCGUUGCGAGAACUCAUUGAAGAUUUUCGUUCGCUUGUGUUCAUGACACCCCGCAAUGAAAUGUACACAGGCGCAAGCGAAUUAACGGAAGCAAUUUGGUUUGAGUUGCUGACGAAAGUUGCACAAGAAACCCAACAGUUCUUUAACACUUACGAGGAGAUACAGCGGAAGCAUUUGGAAGUGGGCAAUGUUCAGAGUGGUCAGGGCAAUAGUAUUAAGGAUACGCAUGAAAAUUGGCGAGAGCAAUAAAAGUAAGAACAUA